AAUUAAGGAACUAUAAAUACAGAGAAUGUUUUCUUCUCAGCAAGAGGGGGAAAAGAUUUCUAUUUUUCUCUGGUACUUCUGAGGCAGAAAAAUGAGUCAAGCCAAAUUUUCUACAGAAACUGCUGGCAAGGUUAUCACAUGCAGAGCAGCCAUUGCCUGGACAAGUAAUGCUCCCUUGUCUAUUGAGGAAGUGGAAGUCGAUCCACCAAAGGCUGGAGAGGUUCGAAUCAAGGUUAUAUCUUCAGGGAUUUGUGGUUCAGAUAAUCACAUACUAGAUGGAACAUUCAAAACGCCUUUACCUGCAAUUUUGGGACACGAAGGAGCUGGAAUAGUAGAAAGCAUUGGAGAAGAUGUGAACAGUGUGAAACCAGGAGAUAAAGUCUUAUUAAUUGCUUUACCUCAAUGCAGAAAAUGUGACUCCUGCUUACAUGCCAAAGGCAAUUGCUGCCUGAAGGAAGAUAUCUUUUCUCCAUUUGGACUGAUGCUUGAUGGUACCACCAGAUUUACAUGCAAAGGAAGAAAAGUGCAUAAUAUUUUGGGAACAAGCACAUUCACUGAAUACACCGUGAUGCAUGAGAUUUCAGUAGUAAAAAUUGAUGAUGAUGCACCCAUGGAGAAUGUUUGUAUAUUAGCCUGUGGAUUCCCCACAGGCUAUGGAGCUGCUGUUAAUGCUGCACAGGUGACUCCUGGUUCUACCUGUGUUGUCUUUGGACUUGGAGGUGUUGGCUCUGCGGUUGUUCUUGGGUGCAAAGCAGCUGGUGCUUCCAGGAUCAUUGGCAUUGACAUCAAUGAAAGGAAAUUUGAAAAGGCAAAAGCUCUUGGGGUCACUGAUUGCCUUAAUCCUCAAAAAUUCAAAAAGCCCAUCCAGCAGGUGAUAAUGGAAAUGACUGAAUUUGGUGCUGACUUUACCUUUGAGGCUAUUGGGACCAUCGACACUAUGGUUGCUGCUCUGGAAUCCUGCAACAUGAGCUAUGGGGUCUGUGUAAUUAUUGGAGUAGCACCAGCAAAAUCCCAGCUCUCUUUUGACCCAAUGAAGCUACUGUCUGGCCGGACCUUGAAAGGGAGCUUGAUAGGAGAAUAUAAAAUUAGAGACGAUAUUCCUUUGUUAGUGGAUAAUUAUAUGAAAAAGAAGAUUGAUGUGGACUCAAUGAUAACCCAUAAACUGCCUUUUGUCAAAAUCAAUAAAGGAUUUGAACUCCUCCGAUCAGGAAAAUGUAUUCGAUGUAUCCUGUUGUUUUGAGAUCUUAGUGGG